AUGAAUUUCUGGGAGUCUGUGCUCUGUGCAUCCUUAGCCUCUCUCUUGGCCAUCAUACUUGGUGGACUCUAUAUGAUUGGAGCAUUUCGCAAGAGGAAACCCAAUGAGCCUCCAUUGGACAAAGGCUUCAUUCCCUGGCUAGGGCAUGGCAUAAGUUUCAAGAAGAGUCCCAUUGCAUUUUUGGAAGCAAUGUGGCAGAAACAUGGGGAUAUCUUCACCUGUUUGGUUGGUGGCAACUACCUACAUUUCGUGCUAGAUCCUGGCACAUAUGAACACCUGACAAAGCAGUCAGAAGACAAACUAGAUUUCCUUGAAUUUGCAUCAAUUAUUAGCUUCAAUACUUUUGGUUAUCGGCCCCAUGAAUCACAUACGAAAGUUGCAAGAAUGAGUGGCAAGCAUCUCAGGGGUAGGAGUUUGGCCAUCCUGAACCACAAGUUGGUGGAGCUGCUUCAACCCUUGAUGCUCCACAGUCAGCGAUCCAGAGAGGGGCAAAGAUCUUGGCAGGAGGACGGACUCUUCCGCUUUAGCUACAAAACCAUCUUCCAAGCCGCUUUUCUGACUUUGUUUGGCACAGAGCCAGAAAACAAAGAAAAUGCCAAGGGGCGUGAACUAACCCGAUGUGAAGAGCUGUUUGAAAUGUUCUUAAAGUUUGACCAUUUUGUCCCCCGGAUGGCCCUUGGCAUGCUGGAUCCUUCAAGCAAGAAGGAGGCAGAAAGGCUGAGGAACAUUUUCUGGGACAUUCUGUCAGUGGGAAAGGUUUAUCAGAAGGAGAACAUCAGUACUUGGGUCUCUGAGCACGAUCGACUGCUAGGUGAGAUUGGACUGAGUGAAAACACCAGAACAAAAAUCAUGUUCCUUGUUCUCUGGGUAUCUCAAGUUAAUACUGGUCCAGCUGUUUUCUGGAUUCUCGCGUAUCUCUUGAAAUAUCCAGAAGCCAUGAAGGCAGUGAAGGAAGAAGUGGAUGGAAUACUAAGAGAGAUUGGGCAGGAGGUGAAGCCAGGCUACCCUUUCACCCACCUGACUUUGGAUAUGAUCAAGACUCCUCUUCUGGACAGUGCAAUACAGGAAACUCUGCGCUUAAGAGUAAGUCCGUUUCUGUUCAGAGGUGUGAAGAAGGAUGUAGAUGUUAAGUUGGCAAAUGGAAGAAAGUACAUCCUACGGAAAGGAGACGCGAUGCUUCUUUCCCCCUUCCUUGCUCUACACAUGGAUCCAGAAAUCCACCCUGAGCCACAUGCCUUUAAAUAUGACAGAUUUGUGAACCCAGAUGGCACCAGAAAAGAUUUCUAUAAGAACGGGGGGAAACUAAAGCACUGCAUUAUGCCCUUUGGGGCUGGGCAUUCCAUGUGUCUUGGGAGAUUCUUUGCUGUUAGCGAAAUGAAGAUUUUUGCCAUCCUGAUGCUCAGCUACUUUGACAUGGAAUUGGUUAAUCCAGAAGAGGAAAUACCUCCAGUAGACGAAAGCAGUUAUGGUUUUGGAACCCUGAAGCCUUCCCAUGAUAUUCAGUUUAAGUAUCAACUGCGAAUCUAAGGAAAGCAAAAUUUAAACCUGGCUUUCGUAAUUACCCUAUCGCUUGCCUGGCAUUUUUUUGUUCUCUUAUUUAGACAAGGAAAUAUGGAGCUGGAGCUUGAGGAAUCUGACGGCAGAUACUGCAGAGUGGCACAUUAUUGCCCCACCAUGUAUAUUCAAACUCUCAUUCCUGACCUGCAACAAAGUCUUUGCAAAGUCCUCUCUUGCUCUUUUCAACCAGCGAUGCUAUUUGUGGUCAAGGCACCCUGUCUCCCUAACAGAUGCCGAUGGAGGCUGAG